AUGACCCGUGUCAAAGACACUUAUGACCGCAAGACCUUCUCGCGACAGGAAUGGAAAGAAUACGUGCUUGAGUCGGCACUCCCGUUUGACGUUGUUGGGUUUGAACGCAAUUCCGCAGUUGGGUCGGACUCGGUCGCCAAAAGGACGUGUUUGGAACCAUCCAUUGCGCAUCUGUUGCUCAACUACUUUGUCGUUAUGAGCUACGAGGAGUCCAGCAUUCGAAUGGCCAGAGAACUCGGGUACGUUCGCAACAACAAAGACGCUUCCACUUUCAAUCGCAUCUACAAGAUCAAAGAACGGGCCCGUGUGCGAGAACUUAUCAAGUCCGGAAAAAUCUUGGAAGCCAUCGAACAGAUAUACACCGAGUUCGGGGUACAAGUUCUAGAAAAGGACAGAUCAGGCAUUGAGGACGGAACCAAGACCAGUAGCGACGACGACGAUGACUUGCAUUUCAAACUGCUACUGCUGAACCUCAUAGAAAUGAUUCGAAGACACCACCAGAGCGGGGCUUCGCCGGAAGAUUCUAGUGAUUUCAUCCUGGAACUCAUCGAAUACUCCCAAGAAAGACUGGCUUCCAAGGCAGACGCAAAUACACAGUACAUGAAAGAACUGGAGCUCGUCAUGACGCUUCUGUUAUUCCCAAUGGAAAAAUGUCCCGAAAAAAAUGGCGUCGAGAACAUGGCUUUGCCCAAAAGUCUGCGUAAUUUGUACUCGCUUUCCCUUCGCACCAAGAUCGCAGAUCUCGUAAAUCGUAAGCUCUUGGAAUCAAUGCACCCGCAGAUUUCCGCUGCCACAGAAGAUCGCAAAUUCCCGGACCUUAUAGGCUUCAAUGCCUCAGAUCACGAUGCUGGCAGAUACCAUGGGAUGUUUCCCUCUAACAACGAUGAGGACGCUGGAUUCGGAACCCCGUUUGAUAAUCCCAAAAACCUUGGGUCGACUUCUCGAACUCCUUUCGAACAGAAACCCUGGCAAAAGAGCUCAUGGAACACUACCAGUCGGCGCAUGGAACAAGAGGACCAUUUACAAGAGAGACCCGCAACAGAUCUUUACAAGCAUGCCGAGUACGAAGCCAGACUGAAACAGGUGAUGAAGCUGUGGGCAUGGUGCGAGAAUCAGCUCCAUCAUUGUGGGGUGGGCGUACCUCGCGUUGAGGGCGGCAUCUGA